GAUCCCGGUGUAUAUUCUAAAUGCGCUGUAUCUUGGCCCACUGACGCUAUGGACCUAUUGGAGGUGGGGACGUCCUCUGAAGCCAUCCAAAACGGGAAAGGUUGGCGCCCAUGCACACGACCACCAACACUACAGCAAUGGAGGCGACCACUCGACGAUGGAUCAUUCCAGCAUGACUCAUACAGCUGUGAAUCAUGACAGCACAAACGCCUCGCCUACGGAACCCGCGAAAGACGGCCAUAACGAUAUGAACCACACGAAGAUGGACCAAGAAAAAGCGAACCAUUCCCACAUGAACCACGAGGGGGGAAUGCACGAAGGCAUGGAUCAUGCUCAUAUGCAUCAUAUGGAUGUAGACCGACCCAUGUUUGCUACGGUCACGGUGGCGGUAUGCCACUGCGGAUCUGGUUGCUUGUUGGGUGACCUAAUAGGAGAGUGGAUCGUAUUUGGAACGGGUGCACGAAUCAAUGGAAAGGAGAUAUGGGUCGAGUUUCUUCUCGUAUUGGUCUAUUGCACCCAUGUCAAAGGAGUAUGGUCUGAAGACUGUGAUACGAGCCGCAAAGGCCGACUUUCUCUCCUUGACCUUCUUCGAAAUUGGCUUAUUCGGGUGGAUGGCUAUAUUCCAGCUAGCUAUAUUCAAGAGCAGGCUACCCAUGGACGGCGUGGUUUACUGGUGGAUGAUGCAGAUUGGCAUGUUUCUCGGGCACUGGACAGCUUUUCCCAUCAAUUGGUGGCUUAUCAAGGCCGGAAUCAAAGAGCCUUGUGCUUGAGACAUGGAUUAGGGGAAGGAGCGGUAACCAGCUCUAAG